UUGGAGGGCGGAGCCAGCACGUCACUAGUUCCUAGGCAGAGGAGGUGGUGGAGGACAACAGGGUUCAUGUGAUCUGUCACAUGACAGUGGACGAGCCGAAAGGCAGAAUGGGACCCCGAUCCUGCCUCCUAGGGCUCUUUGCCCUCUUCGUCGCUGGCAAAUGCAGUUACAGCCCGGAGCCCGACCAGCAGAGGAGGCUGCCCCCUGGCUGGGUGUCCCUGGGCCGUGCGGACCCUGAGGAAGAGCUGAGUCUUACGUUUGCCCUGAGACAGCAGAACGUGAAGAGACUGUCCGAGCUGGUGCAGGCUGUGUCGGAUCCUGGCUCUCCUCGCUACGGCAAGUACCUGACCCUAGAGGAUGUGGCUGAACUGGUCCGGCCAUCACCAUUGACCCUCCACACGGUCCAGAAAUGGCUUCUGGCGGCUGGAGCCCGGAACUGCCACUCAGUGACCACACAGGACUUUCUGACUUGCUGGCUGAGUGUCCGACAGGCGGAGCUGCUGCUCUCUGGGGCUGAGUUUUAUCACUAUAUGGGAGGACCUGCAGAGACCCAUGCUGUGAGGUCCCCACAUCCCUACCAGCUCCCAAAGGCCUUGGCCCCGCAUGUGGACUUUGUGGGGGGGCUGCAUCGUUUUCCCCCUACAUCAACCCUGAGGCAACGCCCUGAGCCACAGGUACCCGGGACUGUUGGCCUGCAUCUGGGAGUGACCCCAUCAGUGAUCCGUAAGCGUUACAACUUGACAGCACAAGAUGUGGGCUCUGGCACAACCAACAACAGUCAAGCCUGUGCUCAGUUCCUGGAGCAGUAUUUCCAUGAUUCAGACCUUGCUGAGUUCAUGCGCCUCUUCGGUGGGGACUUUGCACACCAGGCAUCGGUAGCCCGUGUGGUUGGACAACAGGGCCGGGGCCGGGCCGGAAUUGAGGCCAGCCUAGAUGUGGAGUACCUCAUGAGUGCUGGCGCCAACAUCUCUACCUGGGUCUACAGUAGCCCUGGCCGGCAUGAGUCACAGGAGCCUUUCCUGCAGUGGCUUCUGCUGCUCAGUAAUGAGUCAGCUCUGCCUUAUGUGCACACCGUGAGCUACGGCGAUGACGAGGACUCCCUCAGCAGCACCUAUAUCCAGCGGGUCAACACUGAGUUCAUGAAGGCGGCUGCUCGGGGUCUGACCCUGCUCUUUGCCUCAGGUGACAGUGGGGCCGGGUGUUGGUCUGUCUCUGGCAGACACCAGUUCCGUCCCAGCUUCCCUGCCUCCAGUCCCUAUGUCACCACGGUGGGAGGCACAUCCUUCCAGAACCCUUUCCGAGUCACAAAUGAGGUCGUUGACUACAUCAGUGGUGGCGGCUUCAGCAACGUGUUCCCACGGCCUUCGUACCAGGAGGAAGCUGUAACCCGGUACCUGAGCUCCAGUCCCCACUUGCCACCAUCCAGUUACUUCAAUGCCAGUGGCCGCGCCUACCCAGACGUAGCUGCACUCUCUGAUGGCUACUGGGUGGUCAGCAACCACGUGCCCAUUCCAUGGGUGUCUGGUACCUCGGCCUCUACGCCAGUGUUUGGGGGACUCCUAUCCCUGAUAAAUGAACACAGAAUCCUCAGAGGCCUACCCCCUCUCGGUUUUCUCAACCCAAGGCUCUACCAGCAGCGUGGGGCAGGACUCUUUGAUGUAACCCGUGGCUGCCACGAGUCCUGUCUGGAUGAAGAGGUGGAGGGUCAAGGUUUCUGCUCUGGCCCUGGCUGGGAUCCUGUGACAGGCUGGGGAACACCCAACUUCCCAGCUCUGCUGAAGACACUAAUGAACCCUUGACCCUCUCCUGCUAGAAGGGUGGGCCUGUCCUCUGCCCCACAGCAGGUGGCUUGGUCCCUUAUUCUGCAGUGUUGGAAGCCCUGCUGAACCCUCAACCAUUGACUGCCACAGACAGCUUAUCUCCCUAACCCAGAAAUGCUGUGAGUUUGACUUGACUCCCAACCCUACCUGUUCCAUCAUACUCAGGUCCCCCUGCCCCUGCCCCAGGUUCCUCAACAGGUGCCACAACCAGCACUGUUUGGGAGCAUCCCCUGCAUACAACCACUCCCACCCCCACCCCCCGGGGCUCCCUGCUCCAUUUCUUUUCUUUUCAACCAGGCUUUUCCAACAUGUUUUCUACCCUGUCUGUGUACACUAUUUCACUGCAUCCUCACUCCUCAAUUCUUUGUCAUGAGACCUCUACUCUUAUUGCUUCACUCUUUCCUUCCCUUAGAAAUACUCCCAACCUUUGUUUUGUGAGCUCUCUGUCAUAGAAGCCUACUGCCUCUUCUUUCUUCGCUUCCAGGGCUUAACUUCUUCACUGACCACUCCCUCUUCUUCCUUCAUUCCCUUUUCCCUCUUUCUCUUUCUCUGCUUCCUCAUUAAACAUUGUUGUAUUUUGUUGCUCUUGGUUUUUAACCAAAAUUUUAUAACUCUUGGUUUUUAUUUUACCAAAGUAUAUGGGCACAUUGUCAAAUAGUUCUUUAAGUCUUAUUGCAAAAAAAAGAUAGCCUCCCCUUGUGUAUCUACCACCAUUUCCUACUAUUUGAAGCAAUCAUUUUAACUGUUUCUGUUGAUUCUUUGGUGCGUGCUAAGUCGCUUCAGUUGUGUCCAACUCUUUGUGACCCCAUGGACUGUAGCCUGCCAGGCUCCUUUGUCUAGAGUUCUCCAGGCAAGAAUACUGGAGUGGGUUGCCAGGCCCUCCUCCAGGGGAUCUCCCUGACCCAGGGAUUGAACCUGCAUCUCUUAAAUCUGCAUUGGCAGGCAUGUUUUCCACCACUAGUGCCACCUAGGAAGCCCUGAUUCUAUGCUAUCUACUGGUUUAUCUCUAAAUAACAUGCUUAUAUUGCUGUUUAUUGAAUACCCCCCCCCCAGAUUUAGCCAUUAUUGACUUCCUAUUAGCUUAUGAUUAUUCUUCUGCGUUGUCCCAAUCACUCAAAAUCCCCACCACCCAUUCUUUCAUCCUUCCAAUACAAUUCUAUUUUUGUUUGAGCUGCAUACAGGAUUUGCACUGGUACAACUGUGUAAAUGCUAAUCAUACCUAAUCCAUGUAGUAUCAUUGCUCUAUCCUUUGUCUUUUGCUCUUCUCACUUGACUCAUUGUCCGAUGGAACAAAUCAAUAACUGGCGUCCACAGCCAUCACUAUCUCACUAAAUCAGACUUUCCAUCCUACAGUGAUUGAUACCUCAAAAGCAAGAUGUGUAAUUCUCAAUAUUUUAUCUUCCUUCUUCCCAAUCCCAAACUGUUCUUUUUUGUUUCUUAUUUAUAAAUGACACUAUGCUUGACACUUCCAACUGAGCCAGAAACCUAAAGUGUCAUCCAAGGUUCCCAUUUCCUUCACCUCCUCCCAUCAUCACCUUGUCAACAAGUCCUAUUGACUCUAUCUCUUAAAUACAUCUGUAACAAACCAAAAGUUCUUCCAAUUAUAUUUCCGAAGUGUAUCUUGAAUUCAUCUACUUCUCUCCAGCUCCACUGCUACUGUAUUAGCUGUGAGCCAUAUUCCCUCUCCUUUGAAUUGAGGCCCUUGCAAGAAGUGUCCUUACAUCCUGCCUUUCCCUAAACCAUCUACCACUUGUUUAUUCGCUAAGUUGUGUCUGACUCUUUUGUGACCCUAUGGACUAUAGCCCACCAGGCUCCUCUGUCCAUGGGACUUCCCAGGCAAGAAUACAGAGUGGAUUGCCACUUUCUUCUCCAGGGUUCUUCCUGACCCAGGGAUGGAACAUGGGUAUCUUGCAUUGGCAGACGGGUUCUUUACCACUGAGCCACAAGGGAAGCCCCCAAACCAACUACCAGAGUAAGAUGCAAAUCUCAUGAGGUCAUCUACUUGAUUAAGACCCUUCAAAGAUUACUGGAUAUAGGUCAGGCUUUUUAUCAUGAUUUACAAACCUGUCUCCUUACUUGCUCUUUGUUUCUGAUUAACAAAUUGUUUAUCCUUCCCUGUCUCCCCACCGCCCCCCCCCCCCCACUCAUGGACUUUCAUUCACUGUUGCUCAAGAUAUUCUGCUCCCCCCGCCCCCACUCAUGGACUUUCAUUCACUGUUGCUCAAGAUAUUCUUUGCCCUAACAUUACCCCUGGCUCCUUGUGCCUGGUUGAGGUCCAGAAUUCUUUCAAGACUCAGCUCACCUCCUCUUGUGAAUCUUUUGGCUCCCUGAAGCUAGUUGAUGUGGGUAUGACAGAAAAAUCCUAGAUUCUUGGCUCUGAUAUAGACUAGAGAGAGCCUGGGGCAAGUAAGUUCAACUCUCUGAGACUUUUUCCUCAUCUGUUAAGUGAGGAUAUUGAUACCUGCCUCUAAUAUUUAGGAAAUCAUUAAGUGGAAGAAAAUUAAUGGAAUGCCUAACACACUAAUGUAGGCAGCAACUAUUAGUUCCCUUCCUCCCUUGCACUGCACACCCUGUGUCUACCUCCAUUAUUUUAACUCCCAUAUAUUGGUGAAAUGGCCAGUUUAACUGCCUCCCUUUCCAAGACCACUGGUGCCUGGAGGACUAGAACCUUGUCCUACUUAACUUUGUAUUUGCAGACCCUAGCUCAGGACUGACAAAUAAAAAUUAAAUAAAUUUUUGCUGCGUUGAAAACCCUA